AUGGCAGAAGCCGCACAAGAAGAACAAAAGAUGGAUGUAGACACAGAUACCUUCGACCCAGAUUAUGACAUUUUUGCCUUCAGAGAUGAUCCUAAGAGUCCAGAUAUGAAUGUGGACCACUCAACCCAGAUGCUCUGGGAGUUGCAGGAACAUCUUGGAAAGAUCAGCCCUGUAGGGGGCGCCAUAGCAUCUGUGAAAUCGGAUAAAGAGUUCCAGCAUACUCCAGCUCCCCCUAGUGUUCAGCAGUCAGAACCACAGCCCCCACGUAAACUAUCUCGUCACAUGCAGUAUGCCACACACUUCCCCAUCCCGCAGGAUGACUCCUGCUAUCACGAGUGCAACCAACGCAUGAUUGUCCUGUAUGGCGUAGGCAAAGCACGUGAUGAAGCACGUCACGUGUGCAAAAAAGUCAGCAAGGAAAUCAUGAAGUUGUUCAGCAAGAAAAACAGCAUCGAUAUCAGCAGUGGAGAUAUUGGUAAAACCAAAAAGAAGAAAGAAAAGGGAGAGAAGGAUGUCGGAGAUCCAAACUAUGAAGGAACAUUCACCCGUUUUCAGAAGCUCUCCUAUUACGAUCAGCAUGCAGUCACGUCUUCAUGUGCAACGCAGGUGCUGGAACAGUUCAGCAGCUUUUCUUCUGGAAAUUCUACCUACCUCCCCCUGGUGGAAAAUAUCUCCUUUCUUUUUGAUCUGAUGGAACACUGCCACAACAUCAACAGCCUCAUAGAGUUUUGUAUACAGCCCCUGAAAGAAUUCAACAACCAAGAAGUUCAGAACAUGCUGAAGUCGGGUUCUCCAGUGCUGGGUAGUUACAUCACCUCCAUGUGUCUGUGUAUAGUAGCUGUCCUCAGGAAGUACCAUGCAUGUCUUCUAGUAAUGCCAGACCUGACGUCACUGGCCUUUGAAGGACUGUGUGGAGUUGUGAAACAUGUUAACAAUCCUUCUGACUGUUCCUCGGCAGAGCGAUGUAUUCUGGCGUAUCUGUAUGAUUUGUAUACCUCCUGUAGCUAUUUGAAGGCCAAGUAUUCAGAAUUCUUCAGUGGUGCUUGCUCUAAAGUAAAACAAACAUUGUACGCCGCCAUUGUGCCGUCUGCCUCCAACUUCCGCUGGGACCCGCAGUUCAUGACAGAUGUCAUAGAAAAUGCUAAGUCCAGACCAGAUAUCCAAGCCAUAAAGCAGUUAAACGAGUCUUCUCAGAAUCGCUACAGUUUUGUGUGCAAUGCUCAGAUCAACAUAUGCAACGCCCAGGGUGCAGAAAGGUUGAAUGAAGUGUCCAUUCUUUGCGCAGAGUUGACGGCAUGCUGUAACUCUCUCAGCUCUGAAUGGCUGGGGAUUCUGCGUGCUCUCUGCUGCUCAUCCAAUCACUGUUGUGGUUACAUAGAUGUCUUGGCUCUCCUUGACGUUAGUGAUCUGUCCUUGCAUGAUUUGUUAGCAGUGUUCACGUCAGUGCUGAUAGCCAGGCAUUGUUUUUCUAUGGAGGAUUUUGUGAAACAUGUGGCCUUGCCGUCUCUGCUGGCAGCUUGCCCCUCAGCUGGAGGAGACCAGGAUGCUGAGCCCGGCGCCAGACUGACCUGCCACCUAUUGUUGAGACUCUUCAAGUCUGACUCGGACAACAAUACUCCAUUCCCAAGCUCCAAGAGUUCCUCCUAUAUCAAGGCAUCAUGUGACAGGCACCUGCUCUCAGCUGCUCAUAACGGAAUCACAGUGGGACCAAUGCUGGCAGUUCUGAAGGCAAUGUUGGUGUUAGGUAACUAG